AUGAACGCGGUGAUUGAGGCCGACGCUACUACGCAAGAGAAAACGAUGAGGGCAGUCGAGAGUGAUAUACAGCGACAGUUGUUCACUAACGUUAAUCAUUUGGAGACAAUCGUCAGUAAUGGGGCGGAAGAGCGGGGCGCUGACGCACACAGAUCGGCUCAGUUGCUGAGCAAUGUUGUGGCUGAUCACCAGAUAGCAGUAGAUCAGGAGCAUGUGCAAGCUAGUGGUGAGAUGGGCAAAGGGGAAACGUUGGUUGCGAAGGCGGCUGAGGAUAUAGGGCGGGACGCGACCAAUGAGGCGGCGAUGAUAAAGUGA